UACCUCAUUACCUCGCCCAACGUCGACUAUGUGCCGUUGCCCGUGUUGGGUCGGAUCGAGGUGUUCGUGAGGUCGGACGGACGAUACGGGAUUGAAGAUCCAUUCCAGCAUCCUCAGCUCUUCGCAUCAAGCUGGCCGCAUAUGGUCAUGAUACUCCGCCGGCCAGAAGAUCCCAGCGAUCCCCGCCAAGUCAUAUGGUGGACUCCGAGUGCGGAUGACUUUUCGCGCUUCGACAACUGCGUCGUCUUCGGUCUCGGGAAGCUACUCAAGGAGCGUCUCAUGCCACUGGCUUCCUUAGUGGCCUCCUGCAGCGAACGCACUUCCCGCUACUGCUUGGAGCACAGGCCCCCGCGAUGCAGGAUUCACUAUCUCGAGAGUUCGAUGCGUCUAGCUAUGGGCCGCCUACUCGACAUACCCGCCACCUUUCGCGACACUGUCAUCCAAGUAGCAAGCCUGCAACGGUUUUGGCUCGAAUGCAUGGCAUGGCUGGACUGGAUGGAGUGUUGUCAAGAUGCAGCGGUCGUGGCCGACAUGAAGAGACCGUGCGCUGUCAAAUCCGGAGUCAUCGGUGCAUUCACGAAUGAUCCCUCCGCUAUACAGCGACUCAGCGCAACGGGGAUUCCUGUCUGGUUUCUUCGCUUUCCCGAGCAGAUCGUUGGGCAGCACGCGCUUGUCGUUCGCAAAGUGGUGCCCAUAGAACCAGCGAGCUCUGUCGUGACAAGCGGUGAUCUCAUCGGAAAACGCGUCUACAUUGGUCUCGUCGGAGAGUCCCACAUAGCGUCGCUGGCGCGUACUCAGCACAUCUACAAUGAUUUCGAGGUGACACCGAUGCCAGAUGUGGAGCAAGUAACAAUGCCAGCGUACCCAGAUAGCAGCACACGUUACAAGCCUUGUGCGUCCGGAUGCCAUGUGCAGUUAGUAAUUGCUGACAGUUAG